AUGAAGGUCUUUUGGGAACAACAAGUCCAGGGGUUUCAUCCUCAAGUAAUUAGAUUUGCAUUGUUUAUUCAUUGCAAGUCUGCUUCUGCCUAUAGAGAGCUGAGAGACAGUGGUGCCCUCAUAUUGCCCAAUGAACGAGUUCUUCGGGACUACAGAAAUUAUUUCAAACCUGGAGCUGGCAUUACCAAAGAAACCGUUGAGGAGCUCAAAGAAAAAGCAUCGAAGUUUUCUGGGAUUCAUAAUUAUGUGGCUGUGAUCAUGGAUGAAGAUCCAAGAGAACCUUGUGUUUCACAAGACAUCUGGCGAGCUGAUUGGCUUCAUAGAUCUUAG